CGUACCAUGUCUUAAAUUGAUAAAUUGAAAUUGAACAUGCCUGAUUAACCAUUCUGAACACGGAAAAAAAUCCACAACAAAACUCUUCGUUUGUAGGACAUGCGCAUUCGUUCUCCGUAGGUUUAGUUUGGUGUUGAAAGUGAGCAUGCGUGAAAUGAGACGUUUGGCUCUCUGAAGUUUGAAUAGGACAGAAGUCGCGCGUCCUGGGGCUGUCAGUUGCUCACUUUCUUAAAGGAAUAGGCCGUGUUUGUGUCUCAGCAUGUCAAUAGUAACAAUGCAGCUUGGUCAGUGUGGCAAUCAGAUUGGUUUUGAAGUGUUUGAUGCUCUAUUUAGUGACUCACACUGUCCCCAGGGACUCUGCUCUAAAAGAGAGAAUGAGGCAUACCAAGCAUCUUGCAAAGAAAGAUUCUUCAGUGAGGAGGAAAAUGGAGUUUCGAUUGCCCGGGCUGUACUUGUUGACAUGGAACCUAAAGUUAUCAAUCAAACAGUCACAAAGGCUGCCCAGUCUGGCCAAUGGAAAUAUGGACAGCAUUCAUACUUCUGUCAAAAACAAGGUUCUGGAAACAAUUGGGCAUAUGGUUACUCUGUUCAUGGACCCAGGCAUAAAGAAUCUAUAAUGAACCUAAUUCAGAAGGAAGUGGAGAAAUGUGACUCUUUGAGUGGCUUUUUCAUCAUAAUGAGUAUGGCUGGGGGCACAGGAUCAGGACUAGGAGCCUUCAUUACACAGAAUUUACAAGAUCAGUACUCAAACUCUUUGAAAAUGAAUCAUAUUAUAUGGCCUUAUGGAACUGGUGAGGUUAUUGUUCAGAACUACAACUCCAUUUUGACUCUUUCUCACUUGUACCGAUCUUCAGAUGCCCUCCUUGUUCAUGAGAAUGAUGCUGUUCAUAAGAUCUGUGCAAAACUGAUGGAUAUCAAGCAUAUCUCCUUUAAAGAUAUAAAUCAGGUCCUCGCACAUCAGCUGGGAAAUGUGUUCCAGCCUACUUAUUCUUUAGAAGGCUCAUGUCACUACAGAAGAAAUCCAUUAGGAGACUUAAUGGAGCAUUUAGUUCCCCAUCCUGAAUUCAAGAUGCUGGGUGUUCGUAACAUUCCUCAACUGUCUGAGAACUCACUGGCAUAUAGCUCAUUUACUUGGGCUGGCCUCCUCAAGCAUUUGAGACAGAUGCUCAUUUGUAAUGCAAAAAUGGAAGAAGGUAUUGAUUGGCAGGUGCAGCCACCCUCAUCAGGACUUCCUACUCUUGGUAAAAUGUCUCUCAAUAAGGAGCUUCGUUUUAAUACUUCCAUUGCUAACUUGGUCAUCCUUCGUGGGAAAGAUGUGCACAGUGCAGAUCUGGGGGGAUUUAAAGAUCCAGCCCUGUAUACUUCCUGGUUAGAACCUGUGAAUGCUUUCAGUGUGUGGAAAACCCAGCGAGCCUUUAGCAAAUAUGAGAAGUCUGCAGCAUUGGUCAGCAAUAGCCAGUUCUUAGUAAAACCACUUGAUAUGGUUGUGGGCAAAGCAUGGAAUAUGUUUGCUUCAAAAGCCUACAUUCAUCAAUACACAAAGUUUGGAAUUGAAGAAGAGGACUUUUUGGACAGUUUCACAUUGUUAGAACAAGUUGUUGCCAGUUAUUGCAACCUCUGAUCUUGGAAAAGGGAAAAAGAACCUUAUAUCAUCUUUGAACUAAAAUAUUUUUAGUACUACCCUGUUAGGCUUUCAAAUUCCUAUCUGUUAAAGUAACAAAGUCAAAUGCCGUUUCCUUUGGCAUACCCCACAGAAAGGAGAAAGGUCUUUUACGUGGAGAACAACAUGUUUUCAGAGAAAACAUCUACCUGGAAUUUUCACUUGUAAGAAAAAAUAUUGGUGCUUCUAUAAAGAAAUGUGGGUACACUUAGCUGAAAAUUUGGAACUCUGGAACUAUCCAAAAAAAAGGCAUAUUCUGUUUUGUCUUCAUGUCCCUAAGUCUUCCAUCUUUUUUUCCCAAAAGGAAUCAUUAAAUGUGAGCUAAACUUUUCACAGUACAAAUUUCAGCCUAGAAAUUGCAAUUGUGUUUGUAUUCAUCUUUGAAGUGAAUGAUUCGAACCACAAGAGGGAGCUAUUGUCAAAUGUUAUAGUGUGAACAUCUAUUCAAAUUUUUUACUCUAUAAAAGGGUAAAGUUUUCCACUUUAAGCAGCUAUUUAAACAGAAAUGUCAGGAUUUUGUUAAAUAUGUAUAUCAUGCUUAAAUACAAAGUAAGUAAGCAAAUGUUAGCUUUGUCUGUCUUAUAUUUUCUGGGCAUCAGAAAACUGGUUUAUCUUUCAGAUCUUAGAAUGCCAAAGUAGAAUUGAUUUUAUUCAGCUAGUGCUUUAAAAUUCCCUACAGAUUUUUAGCUGGUGUGGAAGAUGGUUACAUGCUUUCCAGUGCAAGGGGUAAGAGCUUCACCAAAAUUUCACUUGAGAAAAUUAUCACCAAGGAAAUACAGUGCUUGAUGACAUUGACAAAUACAUGUGGGUUUCACUCAGGACAAAACACACUUGGAAAUUGGCAAAUGCGUUUAAUGGGAACAUGCAUUUGAAUAGAAGACGUCACAUGCACUGUAUUAACAAAUGUAAAAUGGGAAACAAAUAGGAACAUUUGCCCUUUCUGCCAAAUCUACUGGUGGUGACUUACUUUCAUGUGGAAAAAUGACAGUUCACAGCUUCACUGGUUUCUUCCUUUUCUUUCCAUAUGGAAAUGAUUACCUUUUUGCUGUUUUUCUUAUCAACUGUUGCUAUGAUUUAAAAUACUGAGCCAUAUCUUAUUUCUAAGGAAUGUAAAAAGUGGUCUGUUGAGCUACUACAAGGCACACCCCACUGCUGCAUUUUGUUAACCCAAGUAUACUUGAAAAAUAACUAGAUCAUGAUUUUUAGAAAAUAAAGUUAAAAGUGAUUGUUUAACACUGAAGAGAUCCGAAGACUGAAAACAAUUUUCCAAACUGAAUGAGCAGGAAUGAAGGUCUGUACCUGAAUUAUCUCCCCAGGGGUUAAGCUGAUUCUGAGGAACCUUGCUAGAAUUUAAGCUUAAAGUAGUAAGUUGAAAUCAUUUUUUAUUUGAGAAAGUAACUCAUGGGAAGGUACCAAUGGGGACAAGUAUAUUUCUAAUUUGACAGCUCACAGAAUCAGUGGCAGGUGAAUAUUAGAAGUAAACCCCAAUAAGAUAGAGCUCUGGGUUCAUUCAUGUGAGCUGACCCUUUUUUAUGAUCCACAACUGCAUUACUUGGUAUGUACAGAUACCUAAAUACAUGCAAACUUGUUUUAAACAUACACAUGGACUAUACUUUUCUGCAGUCUAUUUGGAAUAACAAAAAUGUUUUGCUAUUAGAGUUGUGAUUCUAACUUAAAAAUUAACACAAAGACACCUCAUGCCAAAGCUUUGAGAUAACUGGUGUGGCACUGCAAAUAUACUUUGAUUUGUGUGGAGAAAAUGACCAGUAAGCCAGGACAAUAUUUGAAUCAUAACUUUCUGGGCAUACAGAUCCAGAAGCUUGAAUAUGUCAUUUCUUAUAUAAAUUACUGGGUAACUGGCAUACUAUGUUGUCACUCAUAUUUCACAGAGCCGGGAUUGCACCCCAAUAGGCAGUGAGUAGUGUGUAAAUUCAAACUGCUUCUUAUCUUUAAGACUUUUCACUCCCUCUUUUUUACUUUCUCAAGGGCUCUUAAAGCUGUAGAGGCUGUUUCUUCUCAUUCAUCCCCUCUUCUUCUAGCUUUGGGUUACCCCCAAUACUACCCAAUCUGCAACAUUUUUCUCCUUUAACCUGUUGCUUAGAACUCAGUAAGUGUGCCCACAAUUCACUGUUCAGUCAAUACAUUCAUUCAACCAGUAUCUGUUCAGUGGCAGGCACUAAACAUGAUGUUAAGGAUAUAGGGAUCAAUAUCAGAUAGUCUAAAUUAAGAAGCUUUACAAUGUAGUAGUUACUUCGGGUAUCUGGUGCUACAAUUCUAGCUUCCUAAUUAUUACUUAUUAUAUUGCUCAUGUCCAUGUUUAACUCCUUUAUAGGAAAGAUGUAAUACAACUGGAAGAACAAUGAACUGGGAGUUCUAGUUUAGGCUCUAAGUUUUUCUGAAACAUCUCCUCACUGGCUCUGUAGACACCCCUCUGCAGGGUACAUACCAGUGAUUCUUCUCCUGACCACUAUGUUUAUCACACUUGAAUUCUUGUCCAAAAUUUUGCUUUAAAAUAUGCUCUGUGUGUUCCUAUCACACUAUUCUCUUCUCAUGAGCCCAACGUUUGGCAGACAACUCUCUCUUGUUCCUCCACCUACCUGCCAAAUAUGGCUUUACCCACUAACUUGUCAUUUUGACAGUCUGUUACUUAAUUUAAGAGAUAUUUGCUCAUUAGUAUCAAUCACAUUGUUUCCUGUGGAUUUUAGGAAUGUGAGCUAAAAAGUCUAGCUUUAUAUUUUUAACUAAAUAACUUCCUACCCCUACACUCUGAAAUGUCUCAGACAAUGCUAUGUCAACCUUAUUAAUAAAUGGAAUCCCAUUUCCACCAACAGGAAUGUUUGCACAAGAAGUUAAGAUAAACAAUGUAAAUAUUUCAAGUUUCUGGGGAACACAGUGUCAGGUCAGUGUUAGAGAAGAUUUGGCAUUCAGGGGACAAGAGGGAAAAAAAAAAUCCUAAUCAUUUAGACUCCAGGAAGCCAAUGAAGUAGGAAGAGAUGAAAAGGAAGGUUGGCUGUGGUGGCAGCCAAUGAUGCCUCCAAAGAAGGCUAAUAGUUCACAAGCAUUAAAAAAAAAAGACUUGAUGGUUUUUGAAUUACAGACUUUAUCUAAUGAUGAAAAAUCUAUGAAUAGCUUACAAUAGCUUAAAAAAAAGUUAAAUCACAUGUCACUUAGCAAAUAAUUCUGUCUUACCUGAAUUUCUCUCUUGCCAAUUAAGAUGGAUGCUUUUAUGGCCCUCUUGUCCUAUUUGAAUUUAAUUAUUUACAUGGUGAGUGCACAAAAAUUCCAUGUUAUCCAAUAAUGUAGGCAUUAGCCACAUGUGGCUAGUGCUCUAAGUAUAAAAUACAAAAUGGAUUUUGAAGACAAUAUGAAUAAAGACUGUAAAUACUAGUAUUUUUAAUUAUUGAAAUGAUAUUUUGGACAAAACAGUUUAAAUAAAUAACUCAAAUUGGUAAUACCUGUUUCUUUUUGCAUUUUAAAAUGUAGCUACUAAAAUUUUAACACUAUAUUCCUGGCUUGUAUUUCUAUUGGACAGGGCUAUUCUGGACAUUUCAGGAGCAAAGUCCUGGGAAUUAUAGAAACGAGGUUGAACAAAACUUGUCCUUACUAGGAGAGAGGUCAUGGGAACAUAAUAGUAAGAAACGUGACAAGGCAAAAGAUGGGAGUUCACUUUUGGGGCGGGGAGGAAGGCCUUUGCAUAAGAUCAGCUAAUGUGAACAGUAUGAAAAAGGCAGGAUAUGAGCUUAAUUCCACAAACAUUCACCAAACACCUGCAAGGAGGGACACCGCUAGGAUAAGGAGAUAACAAACAUGAGUUAAAGCUGGCCCUUGUCCUUAAGGAGUUCACCGUUUGGUAUGGUCUUUACUGCAAAGCAUAUGGCUGGCUCAUGGUAGAAACCCCAUGUUUACCGAACAGAUUAAUGUUCAUGUCCACAAAGCUAUGGAAGAGGUAAAGCCGAAGCUACCAGCAGACAGGAAGCCCGUUAAAGUUCCUGUAUUAGCAACAGAGGUCACAACUGUUUAGAUGAAAACUAAGGACCUGGAAAUAUAAAGGUAAUUCAAAAUAGUUUGUCUCUGAAGCCAAUUUGUAUAAUUAAAAGUCAUUUAAGACAAUAUAGAAACUCAAAGAAUGUAUUAACAAAAUGAAGAAUUGCCCUUUUAAGUCUUUGCCUACGAUCUAAACUCAAUUCCAAGCCUUCUAAAUUUUGGCCACUCCCUGUCUCCCACUGAUCCCUUUAUGUGUGCUGUAGUAGCUGAGGCAAACAGAAAUGACUUUUAAAUAUUAUGAAAAAAAAACAUGGAUUUAUCUCUAUGGUUAUGUUUAAUUUUGUUCAGUAAGGACAGGGAGGGAGCAGUCUAUCACUGCCCUGAAGAUACAGAUAGAAGUCAUGCCCCAGUGACCCUGCCUGCCCACCCCAGCUCUGCCCCCACUGCCAGGCCAAGAGCAAAAAUGGGGGGCUCAGAGGAUUUGUGAGCAGGACUGGAAGGAUAUACACUAGAUUUCAUAGUAAUUUCUUUGGGGGAAUGUCUUUCUCAGGGGGCUUUCUUCCUUUUCACAGUAUGCAUUUCUUUGCUUCUCCUUAUUUUUCCCUAAAGUCUUAACAACCCAACAUAAAGAUAGAAUAACUCAUAAGAUUUUUAAAAGGAUGUUAACACCUGGAGACAGUUUGAAGCAUGGAGGAGUAAGUCAAAUGAAUCCAAAGGCAAUAACAAGGGGUAGAAGCAGUAAGCUGCAUUGUUGUUCUGUAAACCAUCACAUAAACGGGAGUGGGAACUUACAGGAUGCUCCAGGUUUGUUCAGGGACAGAGGAAGAAGGAAAAAAAUGAACUAACUUUGGGGUCCUAUUGUCCUUGCUGCAGGGAAGCUAGUAAAUACCACACACACACACACACACACACACACUGGGAGCAGCCUAAAAAGCAGAUGAAGUAGGAAUAUAAAGUGUAUGAAAGAACCUUUUACUUCUUCCUUGCAGAGACCAGGGAUGUCUUUUAUGCACACAGAUUAUUUACGCUUGAAGAAGAAAAUGCAGAACAUCUGAAAAUUUCUUUGAUCUCUACAUUUUUCUAAAAGCACUAUUUUUCAGCUUCCCUUUUUUUCCCCUUCUGAAAUUGUGCAAAGCACUCCCCAACACAUGCCUUUAACAGAAGGUAUCUCACUAUGUGGGAUUCCAACAGAAAGCUAGGAACAGUGACACCCCACUUCUCCCAGGCUUUGAGAACUUGUGCACCCACCUGAGCAUGCAUUACUGAAGUCCUUACCUCUUUCCUCCACCAAGGGAUUAUUACACGGGUAAAUCUCUCUGAACUCCAGUGUUCCUGGUGAGUGGUAUAAUUGUGGUCAUAUGUCAUUUAUUCUGAACUCCUACCCAGCCAACUUCAAUAAGCAUAACCCAUUUACUGAAGCAUGUAAACAACCCCAGCACCAAAGCAUCCAAAUGGAAAGCUGCCUUGACCACAUGCUCUAGAAGGUGUAAUAAAGCCACGAUUCUGCCUUUAGGCUUGGCAAAGGCAGUUGGGAGGAUGCCUUUGCACUUACUGGAGAAUACUUAUGACAUCUGGGCUCUAGGUGGCUGCCACUGCUGUCCAGGCUAGCACUUCUGCAAUCCUGGACUGUAGUGGAAAUAUACAGGAAAUCACAUUGCCAAACUUUUCUCCUUAUAAAGACAGACCAUCUAUCCAGGAAUUACCAUGCUCCCAGUUCUCAUGGGGAGGAGCCAUUGGUUAAGCAAGCAGGAUGCAACUGGGGAGAGGAAUUUUAAAGCAGUUUCCUGUGGCCCCAAGGUCCAGUAACAGUGCCACUGUUUCAAGAGGGCUGCACAAGUUCAGGCUUAGCUGAUCACUUACGAGAAAGUACAGAGAACCUAUUAUUCUAGAGUAUUCUCUGAAAAAGUUCAGUUUAUUCCCUGCCAGGGAGACGUUACAGUGGUCUAGGUGGAUAGCACAUUGAUUAGGAGUGUGGGGGCUAGGAAACCUGAGAUACAGACCCAAGGAACGCCCUGGCCUUAUAUCAGUAUUUUCCCUCCACUAUGUUCAAAGCAGAGGAGUGUCAUGUCUAUCGCUCAGACCUGCUGCUCCGCCUGCACUCCUGGCUCAGUGAUCUUUCAGCAUCGCUGUCUUCUCAGG